CAAACAUUGGCGGCGGGCAAGCUCUGAACCUUGGAAAGGCAGCAAUUUUGCGUCGACAGUUCCCAGUGUAGCUUAGUGUGGGAGGGCCAGCGACAUCAUCCCGCCGCAUUCGCGCCUUACCGACCUCGACUUACCUCGCCCUCGCCCUCCCCUUCCUCGACCUGCCACCGCCGCUUCGGACAGUCUGCAAAAACCCAAACCUCGAGGACAGACAUUCGCAUCGGGACCGCCGCCACCUAUAACCCUUCCACCUGCGCCGUCCUGUUGUAUUGCCUCCUAUCGAGGCUGCGAUUUAACCGUUGUUGACAUCCGAGAAAAAUCCUGCGCCUGUCCGCCCGUCUUGUCUGCCCGCCCGUGAUAAGCUCGCACUCGGCCGGUUCUCCACCUUGCCUGCCCACCUCUGCUGCGGGAUAUCCAGAUCUGUGUCCCAUAUCCUUACAUACGCAACACCAUUGCACCUCGCGUCGCUUCGAGUCCAACCCCCCGGCAGCCGCAGCUCCAGAGACCCCGUGUCGUACCGCUCAAUUAGGCAUAUAGCUCCAAUCCAACCGUCAAGAUGUCUGGCGAGGCGUGGCUCUUUCUGUUUUCGGUGCUCAUAAACGCCGUCAACUUGUUCCUCCAGGUCUUCUUCACCAUCAUGUACAGCGAUCUCGAAUGUGACUACAUCAACCCUAUCGACCUCUGCAACCGCCUGAACACCUACAUCAUCCCAGAAGCAGCCGUGCACGGAUUCUUGACUUUCUUGUUCCUGAUCAACGGAUACUGGAUUCCUCUGAUAGUCAACCUCCCACUGCUGGCCUGGAACGCCAAGAAGAUCAUCGAGAACACGCACCUGCUGGACGCAACCGAGAUCUUCAGGAAGCUGAACGUUCAUAAGAAGGAGUCAUUCAUCAAGCUCGGCUUCCACCUGCUCAUGUUCUUCUUCUACUUGUACAAGAUGAUCGUUGCCCUCAUUAAGGACGAGGCCAAUUAAGAGACGCCCCUGGAGCGAUCUCUCAUGUAUAGCCAUGGCCCAAGAGCCCGGCUUGCUUCAAGGCUCUUGGGCGAGACCCUGUGAAGAGGAUGGGGGCCACAGUGCAGCUCACGAGGGAAGAGGGGAAAUGCCCUUACACCGCUACGAGGCGACUGCUUAGUGGCCCAGUUCCGGUGCGAAUGGGGAAGCGGACCACUAGACCAGACAGGUGCCAAUGAGGACGUGGAUAUCCCUAGUUGGAUCAGCAAAUGCAGAGGGGAUGAUGGUUGGGGGUUGUGUUGGUUCCGGGGAAGGAAGACGGCGGCAGCGCAUGACCUCUCAUCAAGGCGCCGUUGGCUGAUGAGUUGAUGGGGGCAUGAAUGGUAGAUACGAUACAAUGUGUCAAUGUCGCGAUGAUCACUCGUGUACGGUCGUGUAAUAAUCGGCGUGGCGGAGAGGAAUCAAUGGAUUAUACGGAAGCAAAUGCAGUUACGGAUGAUUAUCACGA